AUGAACACAGAUAGCGGUGGGUGUGCUCGCAAACGUGCUGCAAUGUCUGUCACAUUAACAGCUGUGAAGAGAGUUCAGAGUUCUCCAAACCUAUUGGCCUCAGGGUCUGAUUCUCAGUCUCCAGAUUCAGCUUGGAGAUCUUGCAAUGAUGGAAGCAGAGAGACACUGAAUGGAGAUGCUAGCAGUUCAUCUCUUACAGCAAAAGGUUUUAGGAGCGUGCGGCCAAAUCUACAGGAUAAAAAAUCACCAACUCAGCUUGGAAACCAGAAAGUAACUGCCCCUGUGAUGGAGGUAAAUGCUUCACAGACACACAGACAAACAGCAACAGAAGCUUCUCCACUGCCUCUUCCUCCUCCUGUGGUACCAGUUAACAGAGCCUCUUUCUCACCAGACAGUGGCACCCAUCUAGUACCAUAUUCUUUGCCAACGCUUGAUGAUUUUUUGCCUGCACGCUUUUAUAAAACCCCAGCCCUUUCACAAUUUCCAUAUAAAUGCCCAUACCUAGCUUCCGAAAGUAUUAUCCACAGGAACGAAACAGCCUCUGUAAGCACAGAUUCUGCCAUGAGUGAGUGCUCCUCCCGCACAAUGAGUGAGUCCUCCACAGCCAUUCUAGAUGAGCUGCAGACUUGUAGCUAUGAUACUACUGACUGCUCUGAAACACCUUCCCCAACCUUGAGCCAGAUGUCUGCUGUGUCAGAUGGCACCACCUUAACCAACACUGCUGCCACUUCUCAUGCUCAGAUCACAGUGAAUGGGAACUCUGGCACUGCUGCCAGCCCAGUGAGUCACUUUCAAAGGCCUUUUUCCCCUUCUUCAGCUUACCCUCCACCAGCUUCACUCAAUUCCAACAUUGUUAUCAUGCAGCAUGGCAGGAUGAUGGAGUCCACAGAGACAUACUCACAGCAUGUUCAAACUGUUGGCAGCAGCACCACCACCAGUACAAUACCAAUCUGUAGAACCUCAGAAGAAGAAAAAAAAAUUACAGUCAUUAAAGCUCCACAUUAUGCAGGGAUUGGCCCGGUAGAUGAAUCUGGAAUCCCUACAGCAAUUAGAACGACAGUUGACAGGCCGAAGGAUUGGUACAAGACAAUGUUCAAGCAAAUCCAUAUGGUUCACAAGCCUGAUGACGACACAGACAUGUAUAAUACUGCAUAUGCGUACAGUACUGGUAGCUACAGUCCAUCCUUCUCUGCUCAGGCACAUCCAGCUGCAAAGACACAGACAUACAGACCGUUGUCUAAAAGCGCUUCUGACAGUAGCUCUGACGCCUUUAAGGUUUCAUCCCCAUUACCACCUCCACACGUGCCACCUCCAGUACCACCACAUCGUCUGAGGGAAAGGUCUAUACCAGAAAAAAAUGACUGGGAUCCCCCCGACAGAAAGGUUGAUACCCGCAAGUUCCGUUCUGAACCAAGAAGUAUUUUUGAAUAUGAGCCGGGAAAGUCAUCAAUCCUGGAACAUGAAAGACCGACUUCCUUAUAUCAUCACUAUUCAACAGACAAAGGCCUGGACAGGCCCUCUAGUUCUGCAAGUACUGCGAGUGACUACAGAAAGAGAAGGAAGUCGGAACCUGCUGUAAGCCAUCAGAGGGUGCACAGUGAUCAGAACGCAAACAGACCGAGCCUGGGCCGUGCAGAUGUGCAAGGCCCACAUACCACCCUUAGAAAGCCUUUAACUAGCUCGUCUCCUUCUUCUCCAUCAAGAGCAAAAGGUGGGGAUAUUAGCAAAGUAUAUCCAUCCCUUUUAAGUUAUUCAGUGCACAACCACAACACCUCUAAUGAAUUAGAUUACUGUAGCACUUACAGACAACAUUUAGCGGUUCCAAACGAUUCAAGGAGGGCCAUCAGCUACAAGAAUGGCUGGCAAAUGACUCGUCAAAAUGCAGAAGUCUGGAGCAGCACAGAAGAAACUACUUCUCCAAAAAGAAAAUCUCGUAGCUGUGAUGAUUUGUUAACAGAUGAUCGCGAUAGCUUUCCCGAUGCACAGGCCAAGUCUGAAAGCAUGGGCUCUCUGUUAUGUGAGGAGGACUCCAAAGAAGUUUGCUCAAUGAACUGGGCCUCCCCAUAUGCUGAGGGCCGUGGUAAUAGUAGAUCAAGAGUUCGUCACAGAUCCGCACACGAUGCCCCGGGUUUCCUAAAAAUGUACAAAAAGAUGCACCGCAUCAAUCGCAAGGACUUGAUGAAUUCUGAGGUGAUUUGCUCCGUGAAGUCCAGAAUCCUGCAGUAUGAAAAAGAACAGCACAAAGCUAUUCUUCAAGGCUGGAGAGAGUCUUCUACUGAAGAGGUGCCCAGAGACAUGGUGCCAACCAGAAUAUCUGAAUUUGAAAAGUUAAUUCAGAAGUCAAAAUCAAUGCCGAACCUAGGUGAUGAAAUGUUGUCAACUGUUACACUAGAGCCUCCUAACAAUGGCUUAUGUCCAAAGAGGCGAUUUUCUAUUGAAUCCUUGCUGGAAGAAGAAAAUCAAGGCAGACAUCCCUCUCAGGUACAACGAAGUUACAAAUCUAAAACCCUGGUGCCAAUUCAUAUUGAAGUGACCAGUGAUGAGCCACAACGAUCACAUAUGGAUUUUUCAGACAGUGAUCAAGAUGGAGUGGUUUCUGACCUCAGUGACUUUAUCCAGAUAGAGGGUUCAUCCUUUUGUAGUGAAAGUGACUUUGACCACUUUUCCUUUACAUCAUCAGAAAGCUUUUAUGGAUCAGGCCAUCACCACCACCACCACCACCACCACCACAGGCAUCUCAUCAGCUCCUGCAAAGGACGAUGCCCAGCAUCCUACACCCGCUUCACAACCAUGCUAAAACAUGAAAGGGCUAAACAUGAAACCACUGAAGAUCCAAGGAGACAGGAAGCAGAGUCUGGCCUCUCUAAGUUAGCAUUCCUAGUCAGUCCCGUGCCUUUCCGGAGGAAAAAAAGUGCAGCUCCUAAAAAACAAACUGAAAAGAAAAAAUGCAAGUCAUCUGUAUUUGAAGCACUCGAUUCUGCACUUAAAGACAUCUGUGACCAAAUUAAAGCUGAAAAAAGAAGGGGAAGCUUGCCCGACAACAGUAUAUUACAUAGACUUAUUACUGAGCUGCUUCCAGACAUUCCAGAAAGGAAUUCAUCUCUCAAAGCUCUGAAGAAGAGUCCCAUGCACCAGCCUUUUCAUCCACUGCCUCAAGAUGGUGCUAUCCAUUGCCCACUGUACCAGAAUGAUUGUGGAAGGUUACCUCUUAGUGCCUCUUUUCCAGACAUGGACGCAACUAACAACAAUGAUAGUGCACUGUGUUUCCAAGUAGACCAGGAGUCUCCUGGAAACUAUUCUUCUGCUUUCACUGAUGUGGGACGAUGUACUCCAAGGGAGAGAAGAGGAACUACAGACAAAGAGAAACUGCCAGCUAGAGCUGUAUAUGACUUUAAAGCUCAGACUUCUAA